AUGGACAACGCAACGCAAAGCACAUUCUGGAUUGACUCUAGUUUUGGUGCACGUCCAGUGCUGGGGAUCCUGCUCCGUUUCAUAGUUUUGAAAUACUUCUCGCAGUACUACAGUUUCUGCACGGUAGGCCAUGAUUUUCUUGAAAAUGUUUCGAUUGGUAAAAUUCAACUCACGGUCGACGAAGGCAGCCUGGAGGAAAAUCUGCAACGCGCCAUUGACAACGGAUGUCAGGCGUUUUUGGUGGACGAGCCGGGAAUAGUGCAGGUGCUCGACUUGUAUAUGCCCGUACACGACUUAUCGGAACAACGGUCGUUGGAUAAACGAUUGAUCCUGCUCGUGACCGAACGCAAUCAACAGGAAGUGUUCAACCGGGUGGUGACUCACGAGGCGUUGCGUGAGAUAAUAAACGUACUGAUAGUUGUGUACGACGACGAUAGGAGGGCCGCUUGUUGCUAUACAACUGAGGUUAAAUACUUUGGCGCACAUGAGCCUUUCAACAUAACACUCCGCCAGCUGCCGAUAAAUUGGAGCGACUGGGAAAGAGGGAUGUUUUUUCCCGACAAAUCAACGGAUCUUGAUGGAUACGUGCUCCGGAUGGCCACCUGCAACUAUCUCCCCUUUACCGGCUGGUGGCGAGUGGAUCCUGGACUUGGUAAUGCUUUCGAUUCUGUAACGGGAGAACGAUCGAUACUCCUGGAUGGUACUGAGCUGCUGCUUGUGGUGUCAUUUUGUGAACGGCGAAACUGUACCAUAUUAGCUUUACCAGACGACGAAAAUGAAUGGGGUGACGUCUAUCCCAAUGGAACUGGCAUCGGAAUCCUCGGUAGUGUUGCUGAACGACGCACGGAUAUCGCUCUCGCAGCCAUCUUCCUCUGGAACAAACCGUACAGCUUUAUCGCGUAUACAGCUUCGAUCAGUCGAUCGGGAGUAACAGUUCUAGUGCCCAAGCCUCGCAUGCUACCAUUCUGGCGUACACCGUUUCUUUCAUUCUCGUGGCCCCUUUGGACGGCCGUUAUUAUGACAUUCGUAGUUGGCAGCGGAGUAGCAUGGACUGCAGGCAAGAUCCGAUAUCGGUUGCUUCGAGUUAUAUCUGGGCAGGAGAUGCCCACGUCCGAGCAAUUACCCCUAAGCGAGGUGGUCCUUAUGAUGGUUGGGUUUUUCGUCGCCCAGUCCUCCCCGGUUCGGAGUGAUCUGUGGUCAUGUGUGUUUCUGUUUGCCUCCCUGCUGUUGGCCGGUUUCAUGGUGAGCAACCUGUACAGCGGCGGUCUGGCCAGUGUGAUGACCGUUCCACAGUACGAAAAGUCCAUCGACACCGUGGUAGACUUUGCCGCGAACGGUAUGUGGUGGUACGGACCGACACCUUACUGUACUGAGGAAAUUUUAAACGCCACUGAGCCUCAUUUGAAGCAAAUUCUGACCACCUUCAAGGUGGCCACACUGGAGGAAACGCAACGGCUUACCCGAGCUGGUGACAGUGCGUUCAUCAUCGAGCAGGCUCAGCAUGGGAACUUCGCUCCGAGCAACUUUCUUGACCGCGACACCUCAACCAUGUUCCAGGCACUUCGGGACGACAUCUACUUUCAGAACUGUGCCGCACUCAUGACCAAAACGAACCCAUUACGGGAGGUCCUAAAUGCGUACAUACUGCAGGUGCAACAGUCCGGGAUCCUGUACCACUGGGGAACCACGGUCGCCAUCCGCUACCUACCGACGGACGUGUUCCGCAAUAUCGAACAAGCGAGAUUACACCGGCACGCCGAUGGUGUAAUUGUGACCCUUAGAGUAGACCAUUUUUUAGGAGCCUUUUGCAUACUGGGCUUUGGAUUGCUGUGUGCCACUGUUGCUUUCGUUGGGGAACUUUGGGGCGCGGAAAUUGUGCGCCGUUUUGCAUAG